AUGAGUACAAAUAAGUUAACUUAUGACGGCGAUAUCUAUCUUUGGAAUGGCUCGUUGACUGAUUUAAAGUGUUGUCGAACACAUUUUAAAGGUGCAAGGGAAUGGUGUUCGCCUGGCGAAGAUGUGAAGCUCUUCUGUGACGACGAAUCCAAAUUCAGUAUCAAGUG